UUGUAGCGUGCGGACGUAUUUUCGUUUCCUUUCCGUCAUCGCGGUGCGCUCCUCGUUUCGCUAUAAUUUCAAAGCCAACACGCGGCAGUGUUGUGUGGUGUUAUCACAAAUGCGCUACGUGUUUGAGAAUUUGUGUUUUUCACUCUUGUUGUUUUCGUCGUUUCAUCAUAAGCAAAGUGAGCGGGAUUUUGUGCGCGGGCGGAGGGUCGCGUCGGGGGUAUAGAGAAAAUUGAUAAAACCGUGUUCUGUUUCUGUUUCGUGGCGCGCGCGAAACUGUUUUGAAGUGAAGUGUUCAAAAUUGGCCUACGUGGUAGAACGGAACAGGGAGCGUUUCGGUUUGCUGUUUCUCUCGCGCCGGAUCCUCUCCACCGCUGUCUUUUUUUUUGCCGAUACUGCUGAGUGGCGCGCACUUUCCACCACCCCCCACUUCCUGUGUGUGGGUGUGUGCGCUUUGGCAGCCUACUUUUUCCACCACCAACGGGAGAGUGCCUAUCUCCCGCAUUCUACCACACCACACAGCAACGGAAGGCAACGUCACCAAACUUCUUGCGCGUUUCUUUCGCAGUACACAGCGGAAAGGUUUGCAAUAUGGUCUAUCAGUGCAACUCAGCUUAGAGCUAUUGGGAAAGUUUUGAACAACAAAGUGCAAAGUGUACCCGAUAAAGCACCUAGAAAGCGACCAUUUUUCGCUUAUCGUGAACGUGACACGUUGUCAGCCAGCAGCCAAAGUGCAGUGGAAGCGAGAAUGUCGUACCCGCCAACGGUAUGAAUGCUACCAUAUGGUAGCUUCUGAUCGGCUGCCACUUGCCAAUCAACGCCGCUUGAAUACACUAAACAAAAUAGUACAUAUGUGAAUAAUGCAUGUAUCAGAGCGCAACCGAUGGAGUGGCCCGAUUGGUGCUAGGUGCUAAACGGAAACCGGAAAAAAAUGAACUCCCAAUAUCGAAAGUGUCUCGCCGCGUUUUCCGCCAUAUCGACGUGAACUGUCGCGAGCCAACGGUUGAGUUAGUUAUUAUUUUUUUUCUUCUUCGCUCUGCCCCUGACGGACUGGGCGGCUUCGAAAAGGUGUUUUGUAAAUAAAGCUUGGAAAAACAAAGUGACGGUGAAAAAAACGAAAAAUAAGUGCUUUUACUGACGCAUUCCAGGGGUGUUGGGUACGUGUGCGGUGCGUUGUGUGUAUGUGUGCACGGUUGGUUUUGUUUAUGUGAUUAUUUCGCCACGGGGCAAAGUAAUGAGCGACGACGGCUGAAGUUAUCAACUGUCAAAGUGCGCUAUCGAAAACGAGAGCAAGCGAGGAAAAAAGAAAGAAGAACCCAAAGCGGCACCCCUGACAACAGGUGAGAAGUAGGUGUGGACAAAUUGAGGGCUGAAAGCGAGCGGGGAAACACUUACCCCUAACGAAUUUGGUACGCUUCGAAGCUAGUGUUUUUGUUGCACUGAAGGUAUGCUUCUGGAUAAUUACUUACAGGAAGCACAUAAAUCGUUUUGACGGAGGCUCUGCCGCAAAACAUCGACCGACCGAGCCGAGACAGAGUAACAUGCGGGCUGCAAAACCGGAAGUGACGCCACCAGCAGUCCUGGUAAAAACGACCAACUAGAGAGGAUCUAGCAACAAACUGACCUUGGAAGUCUCCCGGAAGGUACCGAGUCUCCGCGAUGGAACAUCAUGGGCUGUACACGGAUAUAUCGAACAGUUUCCCUGGCAGUGGAGUGCUGCCGAAUACGAACGUGAAAUAUCACCCACAUCUCCCGCAGAUCCCACCGCAGCCACCGCCCAGCACCGGGCAAGGUGGCAAUUCCCAGAUUUAUCUGCCCCAGCAGCAAACAGGAAGUUACGGCCAACAACAGCAACAGGUACAACAGGCUCAACAUGUUGAGCCGAAUCCGUUGAGUGGGGGCGGCAGCAACAGUCUGUACUCGGAUACGGCUGGAAUUUUCGAUGCGACCAACGCACUUUGUGCGAGCGCUAGUGGUAGUGGUAGUUAUAGUAGUAGCAACAGCAGCAGCAAAAAUGUUAACAACAAUAAAACCAUUGAGUUCACAUCGCGAAAGUUUGAAACCAAUACAGGCGACAGUAUAACGUAUAACAUAAAUAAUAUUAACACUAACAUUGUGAAUAACAUUAGCGGUGGUAGUAUAGGAGCGAGUGGUGUUCAGGAAAUCGCUUCGGGACAGGCUGCGAUUGCAAGCGGUCCCACUUCGGAUUUUCUAGGGAGCACUCAAUUCGCGAACGCUGGUGGAAACGCACAGAUCUCGUUUAAUAAGAAAGGUGAUACCAACCCAACGAUCAUAAACAUUAGCAAUAAUAAUCAUAAUAUUAUGGCCCCACCCUAUCCGUAUCCAUAUCAGACAAAGAUCUCCGGGAUAGGUGGUGCGUUGAACGAGUUGAACAGUAAGUUUGGAGCGAACCAUGGCUGGGCUGCUGGGAGCGGCACAUCACACGGCACCACGAUUGGUGAAUUUGGUCAGGAGAGCAGUGUCAUUAGUAGCUUCGAGGCGAAGAACCCUAACAAGUAUCACUCCAAUCGUGCAAACUAUCGCUACCAGCAGGACUAUGUCCAACCGAACCAACAGCCUCAGCCUACUGCGCACUAUCAACACAAUUAUGGUUUGUACCAUCCGGAAGGUGCACAGGCAACGCCAAUUCAGCAACCAAGUGGUCACCACGGGUACGAGCCGUACAUUAUACGGGGCAAGUAUCCGACGAUUGAGGAAACCAAUCGAUACGGACGGAGUCAUCAGUUUCAUUCAGGAACCCAUUCGCAGAACCAUCACGAUCUCAUAUACAACGAACGAUCUCGAUAUACAAACAAUUUUACCGGCGGAUACAUGCCACCUGCGCCUGGAUACUACCCAACGGCUCAACCCAAUAAACAAAACCUUCUAAACCCGAAUGUUGAAUAUUUCAACAACGGUUACAUGAAGCCAAUCCCACCGUUGAACCCGCAUGUAGCGAAUCCGUAUUUAAUCAACCGACAAACGUACCCCACCCAAACUCUGCAUCAAAAUUAUCACCACAAUCCCACUUUCGAGGAUCCGUAUCACCACCGUACGCGAGUUCCGACCGUUCCCCAUCAUUUCAAUGAUCCUCAUGCUCAACAACCAUACGCAAACUAUCCUCAAAAUCAUACCGCAAGCCACGCCCAUUACCCUCCGAACGCAAAACUUACAUUCAACAAAACCGGCAACGACUUCUACGCACCGAAUGUCCCCCCGGCUAACCCUACGCAUCACUACCCGAACCCUAUUCCCAAUCCGACGGUUCCCACGAUUCACCGUACCCCUCAGUACGGGAUUCAGUACACCUCCCAAACGAUCGUACCACCCCAACACCAUCAACCGAAACCCAAUUCACAUUCCACUAGUCAUCACCAUCAACACCAACACCACCAGCAGCAGCAGCAACAGCAACAGCAACACUCGCAACCAAAAUCAUCCGGCAGCUGCUACUACGACACCCCGAAUCCGAUCAUCAACAUGAGCCAACCCUUUGUCGAUCUCGAGGAACAAAUCAACAGUGUCAAAAUCCUGAAAACAAACCGAGACCCGACAGCGUACGAUGGCACCACAAAUCACGCCCUCAAAUACGACUGUCAGCAAAAGUACCUAAUCAAUCGGUACCUCCACUCGAAGCCCACCUCCGGGCGUCCUCCGGUCCUCUCCUCGAGUGGCAGCGGAAGCGACUACGUUCCUAACGGAUCCGUCACCAAUCUCACCAACUACGGGUACACCACGAUGGAGGACCUCGGCCUCGGUCAGCGAGACUUCGGGCUGGAUGAGAACCUUAAGGACAAGAACCUGCGGGACUACCUGAGCAGUUGGAACGAAACCGAAGAGGAGGAAGCCGACAAGAAACAACUGGCCAACCAAAGCGGUCAGUUUGAAUCGUGCAAGUAUCUCCAGGAAGCUCUGGAGGAGCAUCUGCCUCCGCUGCACAGUGGGGUGAUCGUAGCGAACGUUCAGUGCGGGGCGAACCUGCCGGACAUUCUGGUGGACCUGGAGAAGACGGCGCCCAACGCCACCACCACGACCACAACAACCAAAGAGGAACAACAACAACUCCAGACGAAGGAGACGCCAACCGAGGUGGAUGAGAAGCUGUACAUCCUGGAGACGUACGAUGUGCCCCAUUCGGAGCUGAACAAGUACAAGCAUCUGAGUGUGAUCAACGAGCUGCCGAAGAACGUGGUGCCGAUCAACGACAGUGCUGACUCGUUGAAGUUCCUCGAGGAGAUCGAGUCCAACCGGGACAAGUAUUACCAGACGGAGCUGGAGUCGGAGGUGGUGUACGAGGAGCGAGGGCGAAAGGAGGAAGAGGACAAGAAGGUAGUGGAUAGGAUGGCGGAGAAAGGGAAAGAUGAAACGAAGGAGGAAGGUUCGCAGAAAGCAAUCAAUGGAGAAGGAAGAGAAGAGAAGAAUGAGCCGUCACAGGAACCAAAAAUUGUAUGUGAAGACGAGUCACAGGAGAAACCUGUUCCACCUCCAGCCGCAGUUGAAGCAACCCCAGAGGUCACUGAGGAGACCAAUCCCAAGAUGGAAGAAAAAGAGACGAUCGCCGAGCCUGUUGAGAAACAGAAACACGAGGACACAUUCAAAGUGCCACACUACAUUCCAAAGUACCGUAAACGACGAAAUCAUUACCACUAUGAUUAUCCGCGGUUCCCCAAAAAGGCACGACGAUCUUCGAUUGAAGACUUUCUGAACUGUGAUAUGAUGAAUCCAAGGGUACAAAUCGUGAAGAAGAAUCCGAAGAAGCUGCUAACGCUUUGCGUAGCGGCGUUGAACUCUCGCGAGUGUAGGAGGUACGCUAAGAGGCAGAUCGAAAGAGCUGCUAAGGAAACGGCGGAAGCCGCUAUGAAGGAGCGAUCGGACGAAGCUUUGGAAGUGAAAGAAACAAAAGAAAAAGAAUCAAUUGAGGUAGUGGAACAAGCGAAGGAAACAACUACUACAGUCAGUGAGGCUGAAAAACCAAUUGAAGCUGAAGUUGUCACAAUUUCUGAUGCCGAGUCAGAAGAAUCCAUAGCCGAGCAACAGAAUACACAGGUAGAAGACGAAAGCGAUCGUGAUGAAGUCUUCGAGACAAUGGACGAGGGUAAGGCAUCAUCAAACCAUGAUCGCCAACCAGAAGAAGACAAUAAUGCUGAAGUCUUCGAAAGCACGAACAAGGUCAUGGAAUCAUUGGAUUAUGAUCACCAUCCAGAGGAAAACGAUCAUGAUGAAGUCUUCGACAGUACGAAUGAGAUCAUGAAAUCAUUGGGUCAUGAUCACCAACUAGAAGACGAUCGUGCUGAAGUUUUCGAAAAUACGAACGAGGUCAUGGGAACAUUGGAGCAUGAUCACCAACCAGAAGACGAUCGUGCUGCAGUUUUCCAAAAUACGAACGAGGUCAUGGGAACAUUGGAGCAUGAUCACCAACCAGAAGACGAUCGUGUCGCAGUUUUCGAAAAUACGAACGAGGUCAUGGGAUCAUUGGAGCAUGAUCACCAACCAGAAGAAAACGAUCAUGCGGAAGUCUUCGAGAACACGAAAGAGAUCGUGGAGUCAUUGAAUCAUGAUCACCAACCAGAAGAAGACGAUCAUGAUGAAGUCUUCGAAAAUACGAACAAGGUCAUGGAAUCAUUGCAUCAUGAUGACCAACCAGAAGAAGACGAUCAUGCGGAAGUCUUCGAGAACACGAAUGAGAUCGUGGAGUCAUUGAAUCAUGAUCACCAACCAGAAGAAGACGAUCAUGUUGAAGUCUUCGAGAACACGAACGGGGUCAUGGAAUCAAUGGAGCAUGAUCAACAACCAGAAAAAGACGAUCGUGAUGAAGUCUUCGAAAAUACGAAUAAGGUCGUAGAAUCAUUGCAUCAUGAUGACCAACCAGAAGAAGACGAUCAUGCUGAAGUCUUCGAGAAUACGAACGUGGCCAUGGAAUCAUUGGAUCACACACCAGAGAUACCAAAGGAAGACGCGCCACCCGUACUCUACCACAGCCCCCCAACUCUAUGCGAGCUAGCAGGCACGGCAUUCGACGUCUACCGCCUCGUCUAUGACUAUCAACGGGUACCAUCUCUCCGAAGCAUCUGCUACCAAUACCUUCUCGAGAGCGGUCUCCUCCCCCAGCCCGAGACGCUACAGGGAAUCUGCGAACGGUUCAUCUGUGACAACCGGCAGCUGUUUAUCGUCGAAGAGAUCGUCCGCGAGCCGGACACGCUGCAUAAUCUCUGCCAGAAGGUACUCAGCGAAACGAACAUCAUUAUCGACGUGAACGAUUUGUGUAUCCUCAAUGACGGGGAGUUGCUUGGCCACACGAAGGAGGACGGACAACAGGGACAAGUGUACAUCGUAGAAGAUGAUCACGAGUCGAUCAUUGAUCUUCUGGACGAUGACGAUGACGAGGAAGAAGACCGCGACUUCGUUGACGAUGACGUGAUAGUUAUUCCGGAGGAGGUUUAUGAAGAGCACGAGCUAUUCAUGGAGACGACAGACAACGCUCCAGAAGACUCUGAAGUGGCUAUGGAGACGAGCUACUCAUUGUCCGACAGCGAAAGCGAGAUCUACCGCAAGGUCGAACUGGAAAUCGAGCGGAUGAUGACUAGCCCGGGUGGGAGAGACGAGGGAUCCGGAAGGUGCGCACAAGUGCCACACAUGGAAGAGUUGGACGAUGAAUUCUUCGCAUUCGUCGAAGACGACUGCAUUCAGUAUGAGGAGGUUAUUCCGGUUGACAAGGUGGCCCACCGAAGGGAUAGCUUGAUAAACUGUUUGAGGGAGAAAUACGUAGGGAAGACGCAUCUUCUUCAAGCCAGUAGACUGAAGCUUUUGCGCAAAUAUGUAAACUACCUAAGAUUCAUCUGCACCAAGAAUCAAAGAGUGGUGUCCAAGAGACGAUUUUUUAGUAAGCGGUUGGUCUGCAUGCAACGCAAAAUCGACGCCUUGCGACUGAAGAUAGUCAUGGAUGUUGACAGCGACAGCAAUUGCAGUUCUGCCUCAAGCGUAAGCAGUUCAAGCAGCAGCAGCAGCAGCAGCAGCAGUGGCAGUAACUCAUCAAGCUCAGCCAUCAGUUCAGAUGGUGAGGAAAAUGAAACCACGAAUCGCUCCGUCGACGCCAGCCUUUCCGAGGACUCAUCCAUCCAGUCGGGGAGUUCAAUUUCCGAACGACUCAUCGAAACCAAUAACAAUCAUGUAACCAAAACGACCAAGAUAGAAUCUCAGCAAUUCGCCAAAGAAGAGGACAGCAACAGUAACAGUUCGGACAGUCGAUCGCACGGUUGUCUGCGAAGAUCACCGCACAUCCCACCGCAGGCGAAAAAGAAAAAGCCUAGCUUCGAAGAGAGCCUCCUAAACAUCGAACAGUUGUACCGAAAAAGUCCAACCCCGAACUCCACAACGAGUUUGUCACCCGCCUCCUCCUCCUCAAAGACACGCCGCUUCUCCAUCAACUGCCGUCCGAACGUGAUCGUCAACGUCAACAACAACCGCGAAGCGCCCAAAAAGCUCAUAAUCCCAUCGUACAAAAUUUUCGACCACACGACCAUGAAUGGUGGCUUGAUCACCGCCGCCGCUGCCAAGAUGGCACCUCUGCGAACCGUAAGCCCUCGAACAUCGAGCCGGAGCAGCAGUAGCAGUAGCAAUAGUUGCAGCGGUUGUAUCAACUCGUUCGCCACAGGCUCCCAGCGCGCCAGCGGACUCAUUCGAGUUAAUUACGCGAAAAAACCUUCACCUUCAACUACUAAAGUCAACGCCAACGCCAGCGAUAAGAACGCCAAUUCACGAUCGCGUGCGCGGACGACCACAACGACGGCACCAUCAUCAUCAUUCGGUUUCGAUCGACGAAUUCCGUACGUCCGGCUAGAACGUAUCGAUUACGUUGAAAAACUGGCGGAAAAGUAUCGCCUCCAGCAGCAACGGGGACGGGAGCGGCAGCAGUUCGCGAAACAGCACCAACGACGGAAAUCAACCUGCUCAUAGUGAAGCUCGUGGUGG